AUGGCCCAGCGUGGCGUCCCUGGGCCCUCACCCCGCCCCCUCCCUGCCUCCUGUUGCGCAGGAUCCACAGACGGCAUCGGCCUGCACACCGCGCAGCGGCUGGCCAGCCAGGGUGCCACGGUCCUGGUGCACGGCAGGAGCGAGGGGCGCGUGCAGCAGGCGGUGCAGGCGGUGCAGCAGGCGGGCGCUGGCAGCGGCGGCUCUGCCCAAGGCUUCACAGAAGACUUGGCCUCGCUGGUGGGUGUGCGCCGGCUGGCCGACCGCGUGCAGCGCGACCACCCCUCCCUCCACGUCCUCAUCAACAACGCAGGCGACGGCCUUGAGAUGACGUAUGCGGUCAAUGUGGCGGCGCCCUUUUUGCUGACCGCCUGCCUGCUGGGCGCGGUGCGGGAGCGGGUGGUGAACGUGGCCAGCAUUUCCGCCGCCUCCUCCAUCGACUUUGCCAACCUGCAGCAGUGGGGGGAGGCGCAUCACUCUCCCCGCAUCAAGCAGGAGCGAGGCUACAGCGCCCACGGCGCCUACUCGCUGUCCAAGCUGGCUGACAUGCUAUUCACAUUCGGGCUGGCAGCCCGCCUGCAGGCGGCUGGCUCGCCGCUCACCUGCAAUUGCCUGGACCCAGGCACGGAUGCCGACGACGAGCUGCGAGCCGCUACAGACCCCUCACUGGCGCGCGUCAGCGGCGCCUACUUUGUCGGCGGCCGCCCUGCCCGCUCUCCGGCUGUGGCAUACGACCAGGAGGUGCAGGCGCGGCUGUGGGGGGUGCUGGAAGAGCAGACGGGGGCGGUGUGGAGCGUGUGA